AUGGGCGCCUUCAACCCAAACAAUGUUCCCACGUGGACGCACUAUAUCUCCAAACACCUGAUCAUCACCCAGGAGACGUUUCUAGAUGGUAUUGAAUGGAUUUACAGGAAAAAGGCUGAUGGAACACCGAACUAUAGAUGGGAAGGCGAGGGAGACAAGAUGAAGGUUACAGUCUUCACAGAGGAACCGAAGGACUUGAAGGAGAUGUUGCAGACUAUCGGACAGAUUGAUAAAGACUAA